UUAUUUUUUGUUAUUUUGACGCGCGACUAUAAAACUCAUCGUCUGCUCUUUCUCGUCACCGCAAGCGUUCACGACUCUAGGGUUUGUUCAUGUGUAGAGCUGCGUAACGUUUCCAGCUUUCGAGUUUUAAUGGGGGACACGGAUGAGUACCGCUGUUUUAUUGGAGGCCUUUCAUACUCCACUACUGACAAUGGUUUGAAGGAUGCAUUUGGGAAGUUUGGCCAUCUUACGGAGGCUAAGGUGGCUGUAGACAGGUUUUCUGGCCGAUCACGUGGAUUUGGUUUUGUCACAUUUGAUGAAAAAAGAGCAAUGGAAGAUGCCAUUGACGAAAUGAAUGGAGUCAGUCUUGAUGGGCGGUCUAUCACUGUAGAUAAAGCUCAUCCACAAAGUUCCGGCAGGGAUCGUGAUGGAGGACGUGACUAUGACCGGGACCGGGAUCGGGAUCGUGGUGGUCGUAGCUCUGGUGGAGGGCGAGAUUUUGGCAGUGGAGAUUGUUUCAAAUGUGGCAAACCUGGUCAUUUUGCUAGGGAAUGCUCUUCUGGUGACGGUGCCAGGGGGGAUAGAUAUGGUAGCAAGGAUGACAGGUAUGGAGGAAGCAGUGGUAGUAACCGGUAUGGCUCGGAUCGCAGUGGAGAUCAUUAUGGCGGGCGCAGCAGAGAUCGUGGUUAUGGUGGAUCCGGGAGUGACCGUUAUAAUCGUGAUCGUUCUGGUCCUUACGAACGUCCAAGUGGGGGCAGUUAUCGCAAUUGAUGCAGGGCUUACUUUUGUUUCAGGCAGUGUGUCUUGAUGGAGUUGCUGAUGUCAAAAGCCUUGUGAUGAUGAUAGUCUUUCUUUGUUGACUGUUGGCCACUAAAUUAUCUUAUUAUCCUGCUUUAGGAUCUGCAGACAUGUUCUUUUGCAAGCGAUGAUCUUAAAUGGAAUAUUACUGGAUGACCUGUAAUGUUUUUCUCUCAACUGUUCGUAUUCUGAUUCCUUCUACUGCUUCUUAAUGGUUGCUUGACAUGAAACCGAUCUUCGUUCGUUACUGUUGCCACUAAAUUCGAGUUGAUUUGCUGUCUCGCUUCUUUCUGGUUCUUUGUUGGUGCUUUUGUCCUUAAUCUUGAUGCAAUAGAAUCUGUAAAGGAAGAAUUUUCACUUAUCAAGAUCAAAAUUUGGGCACAUCUACUUGCACACUAAUUUCCUCAGGACUGGGAAAACAGUAUUUUUACUCGGGUUACCAUUGUAGAAACUGGCUACACUCGGGAUUUUGUAUUUCUUGAUUCUUUGUGCUCUGGGUUACUGGGUGCUAAGUCUUGCAUUUGUUGGAAUAUGAUUGUUUGAACUUUGCUAGCUGAGGCUCUUUGAAAAAAC